CCGAAUUUAGAAGGCCCCAAUUUUAAACGGGGACUCAUAGCUCACGGGGCGGGAUUGUGCGUUUGGCGGGUCAAAUUUCGCCGGUAAAUUAGUGCGGCUGAGCAACCACUACUCGCCGCCGUGAAGAUCAUGCUUGCAAUAAUAAACAAACGCAUGAAAAGCUCUUCCCUCAGGUUUUGGAGCUUCAUUUUCAGGCAUUCCGAUAUCAAUGUCGUCUCAAGGGAAGCUCCUCAUAUGUUUUGUUACUCUGGACAAAGUGUUCCAAAUCCAUAUUUGCCUAAAGCUACUUCCUUUAUGUGUUUUCUUGGUCAUAGCAACUCCUCAAUUUCCAGAAACUAUCACCAAAUGAGAUUAAUUCCUAAAUUACCUCGUCAAGAUCCUGCAAUGAACACUUUGCUAUUGCCAAGUUCAUUAACUUCUGGAUCUCGUGAGAUUGUUUUGAAAUUGCUCCAUGCUAGGCGGUUCUCUAGUCCAUCCAUAGAGCUGAAUACAGAGAAAGGUGUUGUCAGAUUUAGAUUUGGUCAAGAAAUCGGAAAAAGAGGUGGUCUGAUAAAGGUUAAGCGUGUCGUGAAGAAGUUUAAAAUGUCUAAAAAAGCAAAAUUGAAUGAACUCAGAUUAUACCGACUGAAGGCAAAGAAGAAAAUGAGAUCUCCAAAUCCUGAAGUUAGGAUCAGAUACAAACUUGAGAAGGCAAAACGAAAGGAAGCUUGGUUGAUUGAGAAAUUGAGAAAUUUUGAGGUACCUAAAGCUCCAGAUGAACCACAUGAUCCUGAAAUUUUAACUGAAGAGGAGAAGUUUUACUUGAAGCGCACUGGUGAGAAAAAGAAAAAUUAUGUACCAGUUGGUAGACGAGGAGUAUUUGGAGGGGUGGUGUUGAAUAUGCAUCUUCACUGGAAGAAACACGAGACAGUUAAGGUUGUAUGCAGGCCUUGCAAGCCUGGGCAGAUUCAUGAAUAUGCUGCAGAGCUCACUCGGCUAAGCAGAGGCACUGUUAUUGACAUUAAGCCAGACAAUACCAUAAUAUUUUAUCGUGGAAAGAAUUAUGUUCAACCAGAUGUUAUGUCUCCUCCAGAUACUCUAUCUAAAGAUAAGGCCUUGGAGAAGUAUCGAUAUGAGCAGUCUUUGGAGCAUACUAGUCAAUUUAUUGAGAAAAUGGAGAAAGAAUUGGUAGAGUAUCAUGAAUAUCUUGCUCAGAAGAGAAAAAAAGAAAAUAGUUGAAAUUAAAUUAUGAGGGUGUGCAUGCAAUUACAAAAUGUUUCUACCUCUCCAAGCGGGUGAUGCAAAUCAUUAAUUUGUCAAUUACAUUGAGUUAUUAGUGAAGCUUUAGUGCUGGUUGUGUCUUUUGAUUAUACCUAACACUUACCGUCAUUGAGUGACUGGUUUGAUGGCCCAUAGGAGUGGAGCUUAAAGAGGAAGAGAAAAACAUUUACCUAGCAUGGUAAAAUGAGGCAGAGUUAAACUUUGAACCCCUCAGAAGUUGAAUGAAAGGAGUCAGAUCUCUCUUUUACUCUCGUCUGGUCACAUUUGCGAGAAAAAAAUAGAUAGCCUUGAUACACCAACCCAUUUCCAAUCCUCAAGCCAAGCUUGGUGUAAGGUUCACAAUUGCUGCUUUCAGCUUACUGCAGAUAAACCAGCUUGAAUCUUGGAUUGAUUAGUGGAUGUUCCUUCAAGUGAAAUAGUCCAUGUCUGGAGAUCUGUUAGCAGGAAUCAUUCAGUGUCUACAUUGACUGCAGGAGUUAAGCUGGGGAACUUCAAUGGUAAUAAUGUUCGUCAGUGAAAAGCAAAGGCUUCAUGUUCUCAUGUUGCAAUUAGAGGAACUUUGGCUGUGUAUUCUCUGACCGACCCAUUCAAGUAUAUUGCUUAGUGUUACAGUGCGAGGAGUUCAUGGUAACAAGCAGUCGAAAAGCAAAGACGCUUUGAACUGUCGUAUUUUAGUGUUGCAAUAAGAAUGCUUGGAGACAUGGGUCCUCUGAUGGCCAAUGAUGCCAUCUCCUUGAACUCAGUUUUCAGGUUGACUAUUCAUGCUUGUAUUCCUGUAGCAUAUAUGACGAUACAACUUGCCCCCUUGACAAGAGUUUCUCUUGCAGAUUUAUUGAGUUACUACUACAACAGGCAAUGGUGUGUUGGCCUUGAAAUAUCAUGUGCUGGAGUUAUUUAA